AUGAAGAAUUUUGGUAUCGGUGCAGGGGUACUGGUAGCGGUGUUUGUAGGGUACCUCCUUCACACCCCUAUACCAACUGAUCUAGCCUCUCCCUGGUGUUUUAGACUCCUUGUCGCUGGACUCAAAACUGGAGAUAUCGUGACUGCGUUGACUCUCUAUCUCAAGCCAUCUGAUCCUCAACUUCAUGUUCGUGCUCUACGUACCAUGAUAGAGAUAGGGCUCCCUGAACCCGAUGAGCAGGUCCUAGGUUCGAACCUCACCGCAAGGUACGCCCAUUUUGACGGCAUCCGUGUUCUCAUCUACGAGCCCGUUCACCGCCCAAACGCACUUAUCCCUGCCUUGGUUUACUUCCACGGAGGCGGCUACGCACUAGGCAGCACCAAGCUUCAUGGUGCGCUGACUAAACAUUUAGCUGAAAGCCUGAACAUGGUACUCGUAUCAGUUGAGUAUCGGCUUGCUCCCGAGCAUCCUCUCCCAGCUGGUCCCGAUGAUGGCGUCAUAGCAACCAAAUAUCUCUUGCAGCACGCCUGUGAGUUCGGCAUCGACCCCCAUCGCAUUACCGUAGCUGGUGACAGCGCCGGUGGUCAUCUCGCAGCCGUCGUCACCCAGCAAAUCCACGACGACCCCAGCGUACCCGACCUCAAGCUCCAAGUCCUUUUCUACCCCUGGCUCCAAGCGAUGGACUUCUACACCCCUUCCUACCAGCUCUACGACCACACCUAUGGGAACAUUGGUCUAUCACGAAGCAAGGUGGUGGGCUUUGUGGCCUACAACCUCUUCCAAAGACUCGAUGCUGAGUUCGAGAUAAAGGUGAUGAGGAACAUGCACAUGAGCGCCGACUUCAAAAGAUCACAUCGCUUUCUAAGGGCAUUCGAUCACGACAUCAUCCACGAAAAACUUGCGAAUGCAUCUUUUACUCAGCAAUUUACCGACCCUGAGUCAUCGUAUCUGUUCAAUUCUCUCUCCGAGUCGAUCCCGAAACCGACACUCGUUUCCUCGUCGUCAUCCUCGCCAUUCUCGCCAUCGUCGUUGUUAUCAUCAUUGUUACCAGUUCCGGCUCCAUACCAGACUCCAGACUUCACCUACGAGCCCCAAGAAGCAUUCGAACCCGGUAACGAGACAUACUGGUCCGAGAUCCAGGACUUCUUCCUCGACUCCGGGAUGUCUCCUCUAUUCCGGGAGGACACGAGUGGUCUUCCAAAGGCCUUCAUCGCAACUGCAGACCAAGAUAUACUCCGAGAUGAUGGCAUCUUCUACACCCAUGCUCUGGAGCAAGGCGGUGUGGAGGUGCAUUGGAAGAACUACCAAGGGGCGUGGCAUGGGAUAGCUGGUAUGGGUGUCCUUCAAAAUAUACCGAUCGGUAUCGAGAUGAUAGAAGACGCUAUCACAUUCAUCCAAGACAAUAUAUGAUUUUUUUUUAGUUCUUGGGGUUUUUAUACCCAUGCAUUGGAGCUAGAAAGUGUGGCAGCAGGCCCCUUCAAUCCCCCAGGUGGAAGUGAGGUGGAGGAAUUACCAAGGGGCGUGGCAUGGGGUAGUAGGCAUGGGUGUCCUUAAAGAUAACUAUUCCCAUUGGUAUCGACAUGAAAGAAGAUGCUAUCUCAUGCAUCCAAGACAAGCUAUGACGUUUGCUUGGUCCCUUAUCUAUGUAUUUGUUUUACGCCCACGCUCUGGAACUAGGGGUGUGGAAGUGAGGUGGAGGAACUACCAACGGGCGUGGCGUGGGCUAGCUGGUAUUGUGGUAUUCUCUAAGAUAUUCCCAUUGUUGUAGAAAUGAUAGAUCCAAAACAGCUCAUCAAAAACCACAUGUUUGUUUUUGUUCGCUUGCUUGUUUAAUGUUUCCUUUAUUACUCAUAAUAUGCUCUGGAGCUAGGGAUGUGGGGAUGGGGUGAAGGGAAUGAGGUGAUUAAAGGUGCUAUUUCAUUCUUUCAAAAUGAUCGGUUUUUGUGAAGAUGAUACCAUAUGGAAGGUCAAUUCUCAGCUCCCCUUGACCUCUUCUUUUACGGAAUUAUCAAAAACGUAAAUGUAGCCAGCUUGACGAAUGGAUAGGCCUAUCCCAGACAAUGAUACCAAAUAUUUACGUAAUGUAAUGAUGUUUAUAUUUCUCGGUACAUAUGUAAAAUAUUGUGUAAAGUAUUUGUGUAAAGUACGGUGUAUGAUAUGUACAAAUAAUGUUCAA